UAUUAUCGAUUAAUUUAACUCACGGUACCAGUGCAUCUGGUGAACUAAUUUCUCGAUUGACAGAACUAACCCGGUUGACUUUUCCACCUUUAAAUAAAUUUCUAGAUUCACAUUUUUAAUAUUUCGACACUUUCUUUGCAAAAAAAGUGUGAUAGUAUACUAAAAUUGCAAAUAUUUUCAAAUUAACUUGAGCAAAUUUCCAAAAAGUCCCUAGAUGGGCACUUGACACCUUGCCGUUGACAACUUUGACAGUUGUCAGCUGAUGGGGCCGCAAAGAUUAUUUAACUAUGGAAAGUAAUGAAAAUAACCCUCCCGAGAAAGACGAGACGAAAUGUAAAGUGCUGAUAAUAGGGGCCGGGAUGGCCGGCCUCUCGGCCGCGUAUCACUUGUCCAAGAACGGCUUCAACGACUACAAACUUCUCGAAGCACGUAAACGUGUGGGCGGAAGGAUAGUUCAAAUAAAAAUGGGCAACGAACCGGUGGAAUUGGGCGCUAACUGGAUCCACGGGGUCCUCGGCAAUCCCGUUUACGAGCUGGCCAUGCAGCACGGCCUCGUGGACAUCAUGCAGACGCCGAAGCCCCACAAAGUGAUCGCCGCCACCGAAAAAGGCAAGCAAGUGCCGUUCGCGAUUCUACACGAAAUCUACGAAGCAUAUCUCUGUUUUUUGAAACGUUGCGAAGAGUAUUUUUUAUCACAGUAUUUACCACCAGAAGGCAUUGAUAGUGUAGGUGACCAUAUUAAGUUAGAAAUUAGUUUGUACUUAGAUAAAAUACAAGAUUCCCGAGAGAGACAUUUACGUGAACUUUUAUUUGAGUGCUUGCUGAAACGAGAAACGUGUAUAUGUGGGUGCGACGAUAUGAGAGAAAUCGAUUUAUUAGAAUUAGGAACAUACACCGAAUUACAAGGUGGCAACAUUACGCUUCCAGAAGGGUACAGUUCUAUUUUGGAGCCUGUGACUAAAGCUAUACCAUCAGAGAAUUUACUUCUUCAACAUCCAGUUAAUUUAAUUUGUUGGAAUCUCAACAAGCGGAACAGUAUUGAUAAUGGAAAUGAUUCCGAUGACUCAGACCGGACUGUGGUUGAAGAAACCACCAAUAGUCGAGAAUCGAGCUGUGAAAAGACUAAUCACCAAUAUAACAUAGAGGUCAAUUGUGAUAAUGGCAAAAAAUUCCAAGCGGAGCAUUUAAUCUGCACGAUGCCAUUAGGGGUACUAAAAGAACACAUAGACACAUUAUUUCAGCCACCCCUGCCUGACUAUAAAAGAGAAGCCGUGGAAAGGCUACUCUUUGGCACAGUGGAUAAAAUUUUACUAGAAUACGAACGACCUUUUCUUAAUCCAGGGAUCACGGAAAUUUUACUUCUAUGGGAAUCUGACUCUGACGACCCUGAAGGACAAGAUGACUUGAGCAAAACCUGGUAUAAAAAAAUUUAUUCGUUUUCGAAAAUCACGGAAACGAUUAUUUUGGGAUGGAUCUCAGGCAAGGAGGCUGAAUAUAUGGAAACACUACCAAAAGAGACCAUUACUGAUACAUGCACCACAGUGUUACGAAAGUUCCUUAAUGACCCUUUCAUACCAAAACCAAAGAACGUAGUAUGUACUAGUUGGCAUAGUCAGCCUUACACAAAGGGAUCAUACACAGCAAUAGCUGUAGGGGCUUCACAAAUCGAUAUUGAAUGUCUAGCACAGCCCCUCUACCUCGACGAAGAAGAAACUAGACCCGCGGUGUUGUUUGCUGGCGAACACACUCACAGUAAUUUUUAUUCAACUGUACAUGGAGCAUACUUAACAGGAAGAACCGCUGCACAAACAAUUUUAAACGAGGGUACCCCUCAAGAAAUGGUGCUAGACUGUGAAGACGAUGCUGACUUAAGUUCAUGGGUACAAGGGAUCAGUCUCGAGUAACGCCCAUUGCCUUAAUUUAAAUCAGUUGUGGAAAAAUACAUACCUGUCUUCAGAAAACUUAAUUAUAAGUACAAAAAUUCCAAUUUUUGACGUUGGGUUAUUGGCUCUCUGUGAAGGUUUUUCCACAUCUGGUACACAUUUUGUGUAAUUUUUUUAACAAUUUUACAAUGAAACCAGACACAUCAUUUUAAUUGAAACACUGAAGAUAUCUGUAAAGUGCUGCUAAAUAUGUUGUAUUUAUUUAUUUUACAAGGGGUAUACUUAGUUUUUGCUUUUAUGUACAUAAGAAAAUACGAGCAGUAUUAUCAGAAAAGUUAUGCAAAAUGUGAA